GUUUGCGACGGCGCUUUAUAAUUGAGCAAAUUAACACAGCAAUUUUAUAGAUUAGUACAAAAUAUAUAGCUAGCUUCUCACCGUAUUCGAAGAUAUGCAACAAGAGUAUAGUUUACGUACAGAACAAAACAGCUUUCAGACGUUGCUUCUGGUCCGUGUCAUUAAAAGGCACCGUGUAAAUCAUUUGAAUGUUUGGAAUAGUUCCUCCUUGCUAAUAAUUAGGCUUCACACUGUAACGUUAAUGUAUAAAAACAAAUUAAUUUCGUUAAUAUGGUACCGCUUUACGGGUUCUGUAUUUUAAGGCAAUUCCUAAUAUUUGCAUAACAUCUCUGACGGUAACAAUUAGCAUGGAAUUGUGUUACAGCACGGUCCGAGUUGAGAGCCGAACCAAAUAAACAUGGCGGACUCCUCGCGCACAGAAGAGUGUGAAAUAUUUACUGUUAAAGAAAUGGACACUCAAAUGGAAGAACGUGUGAGUAAUGAGAAUGGUGGUGAAUGUAACAAGGAAGAAGACGUGACUAACACUCAAACAGAGGACCCUUUCAAAAAACCUGCUCUCUUUGCCGCGCCUUCGCUCGUGAGUAAACGAGGUCUUGUCGCGAGCAGAGCAGCAAGAAAGCCUACACAUGAAGAAAAUGGCGACAAAGAACUACAACCAUCUACUUCUGAUAGUAGUGAGGCAUCUGCAGAUGAGCAAACCACCCCUUUCACGUCGGAUAAUGACAACACAACGUCACGGAAAGGUGUAGAGAGCGAAAAUUAUUCCGAAAAAGACCAGACUAGUGACGUCCAACCCCCACCAAGAUUUCCUGUCAAAGGAACACCUAUUGGCAAAUUUAAACCCCACCCUCCUGUUCCAUAUGCCGAACCUCCUUGGGCAGGAGUGGCAGAUGUCCCAUAUUCCCUAGAAAUCCUCAAGAAUGGCACUAUAGUUGAUACGGUCCCACUCACCCAGCAGAGUUAUUUUGUGGUCGGACGUUUACCUGUGUGUGACGUAUCCCUGGAACACCCUUCAAUCUCCAGGUAUCACGCUGUCAUUCAAUACCGUGGGCUGGCAGGAGAGGAGGAGGCAGUUGGAGAGGCAAGAGGGUUCUAUGUCCAUGACCUGGGCAGCACACAUGGUACCUUCGUCAACAAGAACAAGAUACCACCGAAUACCUACAUCAGAGUACGGGUUGGGCACGUACUCAAAUUCGGGGGAAGCACUAGACUUUUCAUCAUGCAGGGUCCAGAGUUUGACGAAGAGGCGGAGUCAGACCUGACUGUCACAGAGCUGCGGGAGCGAGCCAGGAAGCAGCGGGAGGACCUGGAGAGGAGGAUGAUGGGAGAAGGCUCCGAUGAGGAGGAAAAGGAAGAGGGGAAAGAAAGCAGUGGCAUCCAGGGAAAGAGUUUAAACAAUGAUUCGGGCUGUUCCUGGGGAAUAGCUGAUGAAGCAGCCCCCGAAGAGGAUGAGAACGAGGAGAACCCCUUCUCCACAGAGUUCCAGGAGGACCAAGAGGCUGCUUACCUGAAGGACCCUAAGAAAGCACUGCAGGGCUUCUUUGACCGAGAAGGGGAAGAGCUUGAGUUUGAGUAUGAAGACAAAAGCCACGGUACCUGGCUCUGCAGAGUAAAGCUCCCAGUGGAUGACGCUUCUGGGAAGCAGCUGGUCGCCGAGGUGACCCACACAGGGAAGAAGAAAGAUGCGGCCAUCCAGUCUUCCCUGGAGGCGUGUCGAAUCCUGGAGGCCCGGGGCCUGCUCAGGCAGGAGGCAGUUUCCCGCAAGCGCAAGAAGAAGAACUGGGAGGACGAGGAUUUCUAUGACAGUGACGAUGAUAACUUUCUGGACCGCACCGGUGCUGUGGAGAAGAAGAGACAGGAGCGCAUGAAGAAGGCGGGAAAGAUUCAGGAGCGCCCGGACACUUACGAGUCACUGGUGGCCAAACUGUUGGUGGUUGAGAAGGCUCUGGCAGAGACAGAGAAGAAGCUCAGUGCUACAGGGAGAGACGGCUCUCACUCAUCCUCUGAGGACCCGCUGGAUGCCUUCAUGGUCGCCGUGCGCAGUGAGGCGGCGCUGGACGGAGUGGAGCGCCGUAAGCUGCACGUGCACACCGCCGACCUGCGUAAGGAGGCCCAGAGACUGCGCCGGCUGGUGGAGCUCACGCGGCCAGCCCAGAUGCCUUCACUGCAGACGGGGUCUAUGAGUGGGUCGUCCGACGUAGACAAGCCUAAGAAGCGGUCCCUACCGCUGUUUGGUGCCAUGAAGGGAGGCGCCAAGUUCAAACUGAAGACUGGGACCAUAGGGAAGUUGCCCCCAAAGCGAGCCAAUCUGCCCGCAGAACUCUUCAACAUGAAAGGAGAGGAAGAGGAGGAGGAAGAGGAGGAGGAUGACAACAACAAAGGGAAUGAAGACUUGACUGAGGCUGACAUCCAGGCUGAGGAACCCCAACAGUCCAAUGAAAGCACUGAUUCCACAGAGGGCUGCAGUACAGGAUGCCAGAGGCAGGACCCACCUCUGUCCCAACCCCCCAGAGGGAAAAAGCUGUCCCAGAGAAGUAUAGAUGUAGAGGAGCCUGAGGAAACCAUGGAAGAUGCGCCUCUCGGCCGUUUAAAGCCCUUAUCAGACCCUAAAGAAGGGGGCAAGGAGGCGGCAGCUGCCAAGCCCAGUCCGAGGACAUUCUUGAAAAAAAGAACCACCGGCCCCAACAGACCUCCAGCCGCCCAAUCAGGACAGUACCCUGAGGAUGACCCAGACUAUUGUGUCUGGGUGCCCCCCACAGGUCAGUCUGGGGAUGGCCGCACCCACCUCAAUGAAAAGUAUGGCUACUGAACACACGUCUCAAACUUUUUGACCCUUUUUUUUCCUCGACUCCACCCACCUGCGGACUUAGCAGCCCACCUGCGGACUUAGUAGCAACAGACACACAGGCCUCCAUCCACUCGGGAUCUAUUUGUGUUCUAUGACACUCCUGAGGGAUAUUGCAUGCAACAUACACUACCAUUCAAAAGUUUAGGGUCACUUAGAAAUGCCCUUGUUUUUUAAAGAAAAGCACUUUUUUUUUUGUCCAUUAAAAUAACAUCAAAUUGA